AUGGGUUUCCAGAAGGAAGUGCUCAAGCCGGCUCCCGCCGGUGCCCAGAAGCCUCAAAAGGGGCAGAAGGUGACCGUGCACUGCACCGGGUACGGAAAGAACCGCGACUUGUCCGAGAAGUUCUGGAGCACGACCGAUCCAGGACAGGUACAACGUCAAGGCAUGCGAAACCUAAGAGCGCCCCACCCCCCACUCGUGCUGCUGCUGCUGCUGCUGCUGCUGCUGCUGGCCGACGCCUGUGCUACUUGUGGGAACCGUCUCGGCCCGUCCAGCUUCCCGGCGUGGGGAAUCAUGCCCGACUCUACCCUGUGCUUCGAGAUCGAAGUCCUGUCUAUCGAAUGA